AUGGCGGCCAAUAACCGUGAAGUGGGAAUGAAGUGCAUCAAAUACAUGCUGCUUUGUGUCACAGCCAUAUUUGUGUUGACGUCAGCUCUUAUAAUCUCAGUGGGGACAACAAUUUAUGCCAUCUAUCACGAUGUUUCUUAUUUCUUGGACGACCAGCUAUUCUCACCAGCAACCUUCAUCAUCGUCAUCGGCGUUAUUAUGCUAUUCGUGUCGCUGUUCGGUUGUGUCGGUGCCCUGAAAGAAAGUACUUUCUUGGUUAACAUUUUCGCAGUGAUCCUCAGUCUGGUGCUUGUGCUGGAGAUAGCAGCUGCUAUCACGGCGUACACAAUGCGCGCCCAGGUGUCCCAGAUGCUAGACGAUAAUCUCAGAGCCACGCUUCCUUUCUACUACCAGAACUCUGAGAUCGAGGCCGCUUAUGACUUUGUUCAGAGCAGGUUAAACUGCUGUGGAGUUGACAGUUACCUCGACUGGGGGGAUGUUCAAACCCCUACCGGCGUUCCUGGGAUCUCUGUCGCUAACGUCACGGUGCCAAACUCCUGCUGUGCGGAGUCCCGCUACACUAUGGUCGAAGAUGUAGAGAUUGCUGAAUGUACUAAGCUGUAUGCAAACGGAUGCUUGCCCAGGGUUAUUUACUUGGUGUACCAGAGCGCUGGUCUCCUGGGUGCGGGAGCAAUGACUAUUGCUUUUAUUCAGAUCAUCGGUAUUAUUUUCUCGUUCUCGCUCGCCAAUUCUAUCCGCAGAGCAAAAUCUGAACGUGAACGCCGACGAUGGGAGAUUCAGGAGCGCAUGAUCAACGCAUACACCUCACUGAACCCAGACAACGAGAAGGCAGCGCCAGUUGUUUACGUUCCGUUCCACGGACAAAACACUGCUUAA